AUGGCUCAACCCGCGUCGGACACAGAACAACAGUACGGUGAUGCGCCGGAAGUUGUGCCGGGUUCAGGUCCAGAGGUCGCCUACGAUCGGGCGGGCAUGUACUUGAUCCAGCCUGACCGGGAGAAUUAUCCUGAGCUAGACCCUUCAUCAGCAGAGUCGAAAUCCGGGGCGCACAUCGCAAAGCAGAAGAUACCCAGUCGCGGGCCCAGGUGGAAACGGAGGAGGGUAUGGAUUAUCCUAGCUGGCUCCCUGCUCGCAGUUAUUGGGCUUGUCGUCGGGCUUGCCGUAGGCUUGAAGAACGCAUCACACAAUGCCCCAGAAACCACAGAUGAUGUCGACGUUGACCCAGCCUCGCUAUGCAAUGGCGCCGUCUGCCCCCAAGUCAUUGCCACAGCAGCCUUCAGAGAUGAGCUGCAUGUUUUCAUUCGCUCCUCUAACGGCAAUAUACAGCACCGUUCAGGUAACGGCUCCUCUUUCGAUUAUAGCUCCUGGGAAGACUUGUUCAAGACCGGCACGCUGACCCAGCCUGUCGCCAUGGCCUGGAAGCCCGACGGCAAGGACCGCCUCGACGUCUUUGCGCUCAGCUCCCAAGAUCGCACUAUUUACGGCCUCCACUUCCAAGAUGGCAACUGGUCUGGCUGGGAGGAGAUUGCCUCCGGUGCGGACAGUCAGCCUAUCCUGUGCAAGGUAGCCGAUAACCGCAUUGACAUGUGGACGACGGAUUUGGAGAGUCACAACAUCACCCAGAACGACUGGAUCAUCGAGAAGAAUAGUUUCUGGAGCACAUCGGACGGCAAUGGCAAAUUCAGGACCAGUAACACCGGCCCAGCAAGGUCCGCCCCAGGUAUCGUCUGCCGCGAUUACAACAUCACCCAGGACAUUGCUUGGUACGACCGCGACAGCGGCUCCCUCUGGUAUCGCUUUUACACAGACGACGACGGAUGGUCCAAGUCAAGGGACAUUGGUGGUCAUUUCAUCGGCGACCCGGCGUUGGUCUCCUUUGUCAACUACCCACAGCGAGUAGAUUUCUUUGGUGUGGGGGAGGACCAUCAAGUGUAUCACUUCAGCCGCACGGGCGACGAGGACUCGAAGCUGGAGGCGCUGGGCGGUAAUGUGACGAGUACGCCCGCGGUGGUGUCACCGUCCAAGGGUGUGAUGGAUGCUGUGGCCCUCGGCAGGGAUGGGCGGAUCAAACACAUGCAUUAUAAUGGGAGCGCGUGGGCGGAUGAGUGGGAGGAUCUCGGCGUGGGUGCGUCCGCUGCGCCACAGGUAGUGAUUUUCAACGGGUGGGUGGUUUUAAUUGCGCUGGGGAAGAAUGAGGUACGGUAUGCAUCGUGGAAGUCGGGGGGUGAGAGUUCCUGGGCGGACUUAGUCAAGUUCAAGUCUCUACCAGAUGUUACUCCAUCGCUGGAUUUUUUUCAAGAGGAAUUAUAA